UUCCGCUUCCGGAGCGCGGGACGAUGGCGGCGGGCGGCGAGGCGGCGGAGGCGGCGGACUGGGCGCUGCCGCUGGAGGUGGAGGUGCUGGAGUCCAUCUAUCUGGAGGAGCUGCGGGUGGUGCGGGGCCGCGGCAGGUGGGAGCCCUGGGAGAUCAGCAUCACCCUGCACCCCGCCACGGCGCAGGACCGGGACUCGCAGUAUGUCCGUUUCACCCUGGUGCUCUCCGUGCCUGCCCAGUAUCCUAACAAAGCUCCGAAGAUCGCCGUCAGGAACCCCCGGGGGCUGUCGGAUGAACAGAUUCAAAAGAUCUCUCAGACUCUCAGAAGUAUUGCUGAAGCCAGGCUGGGGACAGAAGUGCUCUACGAACUGAUUGAGAAGGGGAAGGAGAUCCUUACUGACAAUAACAUUCCUCAUGGCCAGUGUGUGAUCUGCCUUUACGGGUUUCAGGAGAGGGAAGCCUUCACAAAGACCCAGUGCUACCACUACUUCCACUCUCACUGCCUAGCCCGCUAUGCCCAGCACAUGGAGGAGGAGAUCUUCAUGCAGCAGGAGAAGAGAGAGCAACACCUGGCACCAUCCACCAGACAGGAGGUUGGUGUGCAGUGCCCUGUGUGCCGGGAGACCCUGGUCUACGACCUCUGUGCUCUGAAGGCAGCACCACCCCCGCAGCACCCACUGGAGCCGUACAGGCCGGACGCCAAGACACUGCAGCACCAGGAGGAGCUGCGCUUGAUCUUCAAGAGGCAGCAGGAGAAAGGUGGCAUCAUCGACCCCGAGGCAGAGCGGAACCGAUACUUCAUCAGCCUCCAGGCGCCUCCAGCUGCUGCUGAUCCAGACCAAGCAGCCUCUGCCUCUGAGCUGCCGGUGAGUGCAAGUGCUGUGAAUGUUCCACAAGCACCCAGCCAGGCCUCGGCUCUGGAGCCAGCCGAGGCAUUGGAGGCCAGGGCAGAACCUGAGAGGCCUGCAGUGCCCAGAGAGCAGCAGAGCAAGAGGGAGAGGCACCGAGGGGAGAGGCCAGGCCCCAGAGGCCAGGGCCAGCAGACCUGCAGCAGCUUGCAGGAACUGUCAGAUGAAGCCCAUCAUCCACUGCAUAGCUCCAGGGGUCCCAGGGGCUGCAGCCACAGACCGGAGUGGAGACCUGGUGGGAGGCACAGCCAGGAAUUUCCAAAGCCUCGCGGCAGAAGCAGGGCUACUGCCUUGGCUGAAAGAAAGGAGUUGGACUCUGAAGGCCCCUUGCCAGUAACAGAUACGGUGGACCUGAAAGGGGAGCAGCAUGAUAUGGAGAAAUGGACCCAGGAAGGGGCUGAGGCCACAGGCAGGGAGAAGGAGAAUCUGACAUUCAACCGCAGUGAUCACAGAUCAGCUCCCAGCUGGCAGGGCCACCACAGGCCCUGGGAUUGCGGGAGGUGGGAGAGGUCCAGGGCCCAGGGGCGUGGUUCCUACCCCAGAGCACCAAGAGGGCGAGGGAUGUUCAGGCCUGGUGGACGUCGAGAACCUCAUCUUGAGAAGGAGAGUGGCUCCUAGCAGGAGAGGUGAGAGGCUGGGCUGGGGAAGGGAGGGUCUGGUUCUGGGAAGAACAGUGAGAGCUUUGAUGGAACAGGAGCAAGCAGACACUAUCCCUUGGGAGAGAGGAGGAGGCAGUUGACACAUAGCACAGCUUGGAACAGGGUACAUGCAAAUUGAAACAUCCUGGCAUGACAAACUGUCACCUGCCGACUCCUGACAAACCAUGUCAGCUUUAGUCCCAAAGGACAAGGGGACAGAGCAGCCAUCAUCCCUGUGUGUGAGCUGACAAGAAACAGGCAUAGCUACGCAGCAAACUGACUGAGUCAAACAUGCUACCACGGCAGAGACAGCAUCAUGGCAGAACCUACCCUGGUGAAGUGUCACAGUGUAGCUGUGGUGCUGCCAAAUGGCGAGGCUGUGCCAGGAGAGCAGCCUGAAGCCAGGCUUGCUCUGUCCUCAUUUCCUCUCAGAGCACCUCCUCAGCUGCACUCCCUGCCUCUUGGAGACAACCUUCUCCUGCAGCCCUGGCUGCUCUUCAGCUGAUGGGCUCAGCCACACAAGUACUUGGCACUUCCCAGUCCUAGCUGAGAGAGCUAAAUAAAGCUUACAUCAGUGCAUUGGCAGGUCAGGGCUGUCUGGUGGCUGAGGCUUUGGGUUGGCUCCUGGUCCUCAAAGGAAGCCUGAAUUUAGCUGUAACUCCUGUCCUUCAGCUGCUUUUGUGCAGAUAGAAGCUUAUGGGGGCCAGCCUGGGAAGAGCAUUCUGCUUUGCAACCUCUAUCUGUUGGAAUCCCCCUCCUAAGGCCAGACAGCCUGCAGUGAUGACAUGCCCCAAUAUUUCGAAUACUCUUGCCUUCCUUUCAUCUUCAAGCUGAUCUUGCCUCAAGGAAAUAAGGAUUUGCUUUUGAAACAGACUUGGUGCAGUUCCUUCUGCUUCACAGAUUUACAGUGUCCCACUCCAGAGCUGUGACAGGCACUCCCAAGCCCCUGAAGCAGGACACUGCUCUUUGUUGGGUCUUCUCCAGAGCCUGUACCCUUUGUUUUCUCUGCCUCUUGCUUGUGUUCUUUGCUGUUUGGAGCAAAGAUGUUGAUCCCUGGUAUUGCUUGCUCCCCUGCUUCCUGCACUUGAGACCAGGCCAGAGACCUUCCCCUGCCACUCCUGGGUGGCAGGAGUCAUCCCCAUCCUUGCUUUGCCUGGCUUGAUGGAAGCUGCCUCACCCAGACAGUACCAGUUCCUUCACAGUUGUUUGUGCCUUGUGCCCCACCUCUCUUUUGGCCACAUUUGGGUUGUUACAGUCCUUGUGUUGGGUGCAAAAAUGGCUGUGCCACCAUGGACUUGCCAGAGCUUUGGGUGAGAUCCCCAAGAGACCAAGGGCUGUGUGCUGGCUGGGAGGGCAUUUGCACUGCAUCUGCUUUAGCUGAUCCUUCGACACACAAAGCGUGCACAGCUCUCUCCUGAGUCGCCCUCACCUGCUGCCCUGCUCUUUCUGUGCCUGGCUUUGUCCAGGAUGGCUUGGUUUAAGCUGCUGUUUAGAAGCUCUUGUGCUUCAAUUUCUAACAUAGGCCUAUUUUCAACAUUAAUGCUCUAAAAGCAUUUUCCCCCUUUCUUGGUCUGAGAAUACACUACCUGUCCUAGGCUGGGGAUCUUGGAGGCAGACAGUGUCCUGCUAGGGAUGACAGCUGAGCACUUGUUCCCUGAAGAGAGUGCUCAUUUUUCUCCAGGGCUUGCCCUGCCCUUGUUCUGGCUGGUUUCUGGGUGAAGAGCUUUGGGUAAAAAGGUAUAAACUUUGGCACUGGUGCUUGUUCUGCUGCCUCCUGCCUUGUGAAAUUGCUGUGCUUCAAGAAAGGCAUCCCAUCAUGUCUGGAAAGAAAGGCAAAGAUCUCUGCCCCAACUGGCUUCCUUCAGCAAAGCAGCCUUACUCUCGGCAGGAAAGCUGCUCUGCCUCAUGUUUGGAGCAUGGAAAUCAGAGUGACAAUCUGAGUAACUUCAAUAAAAUGCCAGAGGUGUUAAGAGGGUUUUUUUUCCUGGGAGUAAGGCUGUAGGAAGGGCCUUUACCUUUCUGAUUAAACUGCUGUCAGCCUGGGGCAGAGGACAUUUUGCAACAGUACCUGGGAGUGAAUUUUGGCUAAACAAAACAGACCUCCAGGUCAGAGGGGAGGAAUGGAGCCUGCACCCUGGCCUGCCCCUCCUUCCUUGGUGUCUGCCUGUCUCACCUACCUCACAGGGCUGUUGUGAGGCUUUACUGGCAGAAGCACUCCAGCAGGGCAGGGCUCCAGUGGCACCUGUAGCAUUAACACUAUUAAAAGCAAGCAGAUGUUG